AGGUGGCGUGUAAAGGGAGAAUAGGUGCGCAUGCGCGAGGGAUGAACAUGUAGCAAAACAAAACAAUCGCUGGCGUCCUCAACCCGACGACAGUUAUCCACUCACUAUCAGACUUCUGCUCCGAUCGAACAGUCUACAAGUUCAUCAGUGUGAAUUAGAAAGUAAGAAAUUCGCAUGCUGUGAAAAAAAUAUGGCUUUAAAAAGUGGCAAAUAUGUCGGUUUUGCUUCAGCUGUAAUAUUCUCUGGAAUGAUGACGUUCUGGUACAUGUAUUUCCAACCGACGAGUUCUGGCGUCUCUUCUCUCAGUUCAGUUUCUAAUAGAGGUAUCACAUUGCGUACAGCAGAGAGAAUCAGGAAUUCGACAAUUCAACACAUGACCUGGAUUGAGAAGCCAACGACGCCUGAUUUUCGCCUGGAAAACAAAUGUACCCCGAAGGACCUUUUCAAACUAGGAAAACCGGGAUUUUUUGAGAAUUUACCGAAUGAAUUUCUCCCGGGUUAUAAAGGCCCGUGUUUUGAAAUUAAAAAAGAAGGCAGGGAGGUGCUGCGCUGCCUGCCUCAUUUCUAUGUUAUUGGAGUUACGAAGUGUGGAACUACUGAGAUGUGGGCUAAACUGAGGUUACAUCCUCAAGUCUCCGUGUCUGGUGUUGUCAAGGAAUCCGAUUGGUGGUCGUGCAAGAGAACCCGUUCAGUGCCAUUCUCAACUUACCUGGAUUCAAGAUCAGCGAAUAUGGUAGAACGGUUUCAACAAAAUGACUCCCUGAAAAAUUGGCUUGUUACAGCUGAUGGAUCUCCGACAACUGUCUAUGAAUUUGAUAACUGGAGAAGGUUCUACGGCGAGAAUUAUGAUGGUCCGAAAUGUACUGCAGCGGACGUCCUUUUUGCGGCACACCCAAAGGCAAAGCUCAUCGUAACUCUUCGAGACCCGGUCUCAAGGUCGGUUGAAGCUAAACUAGGAAAAAAAGACAGUGUGUCCACCAUUGUGUAGCACAAGGCUACACAAUGGUAGACAUAAUGGUAGACACACAAUGGUACACACUUUCACCGCUUUAUAUGUGAGAAUCACAUUUUCACUUAGUCCACUGUGCGAACUCACUGUGAACUUUUAUUUUGUAGAGGCGUCCACAUGAUUAAGUUAUCUUAAAGGGGUACUCCAGGCUGAAAAUACUAUGAUUUGUACAGAUAAAGAAUAACAAGACAAACAAAGUACUAAAAGUUUUAACAAAAUUGGACAAAAGUGGAAUAAUAAAGUUAUGACAUUUAAAAAAUUUGCAUUAUUUUGGUGAAACAGUUCUAGGCAUGCAUGUGGCUUCAUGAAUAUUCUGAGCAAGCUCAUCAAGUCAUAUAUCCACACUUGUUUUCUUGUAUUUUAUUACAUGAAAUUAUAUCUAUUCAAAUUUGUCCUCCAAGAUCUAAUAAUUCGAUUUAAUGUAUUAUAAAGGCCUAUAUUCAUUGCUGAAAUUAUUUCAUGAAGGAAGACAGACAGGUCAUAAAUUCAUGUAUGAAAAAAUAUGAAAUCAUUAUGUCUUCAAUUUUAUGGAUCCAGAGGAAUUUGUUUUAGCAUCGAUAAAAAGUUAUUUAUAAAAUAGAAAACAAUUUGUUUGGUAUUAAUUCUAGUUUGUUAACACUAGACACAUGUGUUCCGCAGGGAUCCAUUUUGGGCCCUUUUUUCUAUUACAUGUUAACGAUAUAUAUGCAAUAUGCAAGCACUAAGUUUUGUCCAAUCAUAUUCACAAACGACAAUAAUGUUUUUGUAUCUGGCAAAAACAUAAUUGAAAUAAGAAAUAUAAUCACUU